GUGUUUUCUUUCUAAAUGUGGUUUAGCUGACAAUAAAAUGGAGUUUUUGGACAACCCUGAAGGGCAUCCAGGGUCAAAAUGCAUCAGGGAUGGCGUGGAAGGCGUCUGCACCAGCAUCUACACGUGCCUCACGGCUGUCCAAGAUGUUAAGGAUAAAAAGUAUCCUCCUUUAUGCAGAUAUCAAGGAGACACGCCUAUCAUAUGCUGCACUGACUGCGAGCUUGUCAAUGACACAAGAACCAUGUACAUAAGCCAGACGAGUGGUCGAUGGUAUUUUCGUAAUGGACAGAAAGCUAGAGACAAAUGCCUGGAUUACAUGCAGGAGUUGGAGCCAUGUGGUGAUCAUUUCACCGCCACCAUAGCUAAGGACUUGGAUCCUGAAAGGAAGUGCUACAUCCCUCGUCCAACUGCCGUGGGAGUGGCUGGUGGGACUGAUGCCGAACGAGGAAAAUUUCCACAUAUGGCUUUACUGGGUUAUGGCCUCGACGAGGAUUCGGCUCAAUGGGUCUGCGCAGGGUCUCUGAUCAGCGAAAAUUUCGUAUUGACAGCUGGCCACUGUAUCUCUAGCCCUUCACUAGGUGAAGUGAAGUAUGUAGCUUUAGGUAUCCUGAAACGGUCGGAUCCUUCAGACCUAUGGCAGAUUUACCACGUGAAGAGGAUCAUCGCUCACCCUGACUACACCCCCCCCUCAAAAUACAAUGAUAUAGCUCUACUCGAGACUCAAACCAGGGUUGUCUUCUCCGACGUUGUGAGACCAGCUUGUUUACAUUUCGAAGAGAUAAAGAAUGACAACAAAGCUGAGGCCACAGGCUGGGGAGCCCUAGGACUCCGGAAAGGAUUGGCUGACACUUUGCAAUCCGUAUACCUCCAGGAGUUUCCAGAAGACGAGUGUUCCAAGCUGUAUCCUCUCCAUAGGCUGUUGAGGCGAGGCUACGAUCACAGGACACAGAUGUGCUAUGGUCAUCAUGAGGAAGUAAAGGAUACUUGCGAGGGCGACAGCGGUGGUCCUCUACAGAAUACAUUCCAUAUAUCAUCGUGUCAAUACGUUGUGAUCGGGGUGACAUCUACCGGCCGGCAGUGCGGACUACUCGGCAGUACUGGAUUGUAUACUAGGGUGUCCAGCUAUUUGCAUUGGAUCGAGUCGAUUGUAUGGCCUUAGUUUUAAUAAAAA